AGGAACACGUCCCGCAGGCUCAGCCCCUCCAGCAGGCGCCCGGCCGUCUUGGUCUGCAGCAGCUUUUCGAACCCUUCUUGGUGACCCAGCGGCGGGUCAGCGCGGUGUCCCGCAACUCCCGGAACAGGAAUAGGAUGGUGGCGUUGAGGAAGUAGCAAGUCUCCCACGUCGGCGGGGCGGGGGUCUCGGGGGCGGCGGUGGGGGUCGCGCCGCCCUCAGAGGCCGCCCCGCAGGGCUCCUCAUCCCGGCCGCCGCCGUAAAGGGAAUUGAUCCAUUUUCCUUAAAUACUCUUGCAAAACAUGGAAUAGUAGCUCUUCGCAGAGCAAAAAGAAGAAAUAUGGAAAGACUCUCUCUUGCUUGUGGUGGAAUGGCUGUGAAUUCUUUUGAAGAUCUCACUGUAGAUUGCUUGGGACAUGCUGGUCUUGUGUAUGAGUAUACAUUAGGUGAAGAAAAGUUCACUUUUAUUAUCGAGGAGUGUGUUAACCCUCGCUCUGUUACCUUGUUGGUUAAAGGACCAAAUAAGCAUACUCUCACACAAGUCAAGGACGCCAUGAGAGAUGGACUUCGUGCUAUCAAAAAUGCCGUUGAAGAUGUAGGUUGUAUGGUUCCUGGAGCUGGUGCAAUUGAAGUGGCAAUGGCUGAAGCUCUUGUUACAUAUAAGAACGAUAUAAAAGGAAGAGCUCAUCUUGGAGUCCAAGCUUUUGCUGAUGCCUUACUCAUUACUCCCAAGGUUCUUGCUCAGAAUGCUGGUUAUGACCCACAGGAAACACUAGUAAAAGUUCAGGCUGAGCAUGUCGAGUCAAAACAACUUGUGGGCAUAGAUUUGAAUACAGGUGAGCCAAUGGUAGCAGCAGAUGCAGGAGUUUGGGAUAAUUAUUGUGUAAAAAAACAACUUCUUCACUCUUGCACAGUGAUUGCCACCAACAUUCUCCUGGUUGAUGAAAUUAUGCGAGCUGGGAUGUCUUCUCUCAAGGGAUGAUUGAAUUCAAAAUCAACCCUUCUAGAAGAUGAAAUUUAGUACACUUUACAUCUGACUACUGUUGUGUAGCCUGAGCCAUUCUGAAUUUCUACACAAUAAAUGCAGUUUAUGUCUUUUGGGUCU